GAGGGAUCUCAUGUGGAAGGCGUUAAGCUGUUUAGCAUGCCGGCUGUAUACAGUCCAGGUCUCACAGGCAUACAGCAGGGCGGGGAGGACAACAGCACGGUAGACCUUAAGUUUGGUCCGUAGGCUAAGUCCUCUGCGCUCCCAGACAGAACGGCGGAGUCGGCCGAAUGUAGCACUUCCAUGCGCUAUCCUUAGCAUGACCUCCUCGUCGAUGUUGCCCACGCGUGACAAGGUGUUACUCAGGGAGACAAACCUUACAGCAGCUUUGAGGUCUUCACCAUUUACGACGAAGGGCUCAGUGUACAGGGCUCCAGGAGCAGGUUGAUGCAUCACCUCUGUUUUCUUUGUACUGAUGGUGAGUCCAAAGGCUGAGCAUGCUGUGAUGAAGUUGUUCAUGCUCAGUUGCAUUUCCAGCUCGUUGGAAGCAUUCAGGGCACAGUCGUCCGCAAAGAGGAAAUCGCGAACCUUGGUGGUCUGUACUUUCGUCUUUGCCUGGAGUCUUCGCAGUUUCAACAGCUUGCCAUCAGUGCGGUAGCGCAGGUCUAUCCCCGUGUCCCCAGACCGGAAAGCAUCCGUCAGCAUGGCUGAGAACAUCAUGCUGAACAGAGUGGGUGCCAGAACCCAGUCUUGUUUGACUCCACAUGGAAAGGCUCAGAUGAUGUGCCGUUGUCCUGGACUUGUGCCUGCAUUCCGUCAUGGAAUUCACAGACCAUGUUGAUGAAGAUGUUAGAGCAGCCAAACUUGGACAUGAUCUUCCAGAGGCCCUCUCAUCUGACAGUGUUGAAGGCCUUCGUCAGAUCUACAAAGCUGUCCACCGCUCGCCACCUUUCCCACCCGUCCCCCGUCCGCCGCUCGUCGGCCGUGGAUAUGAAGCGUCAGAAUGGGUUUCAUGGAAUUCUACCUGGAGAUUGACCCGGUCACCCUCAACCUCAUCAUCCUGGUGGCCAGCUAUGUCAUUUUACUGCUGGUCUUCCUUAUCUCCUGCAUCCUGUACGACUGCCGGGGCAAAGACCCCACCAAGGAGUACGCCCCCGACAACGCGCCGCCACCGCCCAGCCAAUCGCCCAUCCGCCUGGUGGUCAUGCAGAACUCGCCCGCCUCCGCUCGGUACGAGCCCAACCACGCGGCGCCCCACGCCGAGUUGCAGACGCCCGACCUGAGCCGUGACCGGGGCGAGCGCGAGAAGAGGAGCACGCUGGUGUGAGGACGGGAGAGGGGGAGGGGCGCGCCCCGACCCUUGAAUCGUUUUCAACGGCCAUGGAAGGUGCAAACAGGCUUUUGGCGCGACUGCUGAGAACAAGACUACAAGUCCCACAAUUCCUUGGAACUAUUUCGACCUGCAGCCAAUCAGUGCAGACCCACGCCCCUCCCAACGCACACUUUGGGACCAAUCGGCUGAAGCUCAAGGGGUCAUGUGACUCGUAGUCCGGAUGUGGCAUCUCAUGGACGUCUGUCUGCGCUGGUCUGAUAAGUGACCUGAUUGGUUGUUCGGACCAGAAAAUGACCAUAUAAGGAAAAGAGGCUACUUUAAUGUAAAAUACUAUGUACCUCCGUGCGGGAGCGGGCGUUAAUUAACGCGGAUAGCGUAGCAACAAUGUCACUAUUGCUUAUUUCAUCUUUACCUUUCUUGGUGGGAGGCUUCUCCGGUGUUACUGGCAGGCAAGGUAAAACUACUUCAUUCAUGAAAUGCAUUUUCAUGUUGUCCCCAUUGAUGAUAUAAUCAUGGCAGUUCUCAAAUAGCAGGUUUGAAGUUGUAGCGUUGUCCGCCAUUUUCUUCGCCACACCUUUCCUUUUCGUGCCAGAAGAUGUCGACAUAGUUCAAAGGAGCAGUCGUUAAGUCCAGCCAAAUGAAACACAAAAUGAACUAAAUAUUAUAGGGAAACUAUUAAGUCUCUUUUAAAUCAUAUACGAGCCAAUUUCACAGGAUUAUGUUCUUUUUUUAGAUGCUGCUCCCGCAAGUUUAGACCGUUCACGGCGCCAUCUUGGAUCCUCACCUAAAAUAUGCUGUAUGUUGACGUUCUUAAAAUGAGCUGUGAUCACAGGAAGUGACCAUAUUUGGAAAAGAGGCUACCUUAAUGUAAAAUAUGCUGUAUUUUGACGUUCUUAAAAUGACAUUUGAUCACAGGAAGUGACCAUAUUUGGAAAAGAGGCUACCUUAAUGUAAAAUAUGCUGUAUUUUGACGUUCUUAAAAUGACAUUUGAUCACAGGAAGUGACCAUAUUUGGAAAAGAGGCUACCUUAAUGUAAAAUAUGCUGUAUUUUGACGUUCUUAAAAUGACAUUUGAUCACAGGAAGUGACCAUAUUUGGAAAAGAGGCUACUUUAAUGUAAAAUAUGCUGUAUUUUGACGUUCUUAAAAAGACAUUUGAUCACAAGAAGUGACCAUAUUUGGAAAAGAGGCUACUUAAAUGUAAAAUAUGCUGUAUUUUUAACAUUCUUAAAAAGACAUUUGUUCACAAGAAGUGACCAUAUUUGGAAAAGAGGCUACUUAAAUGUAAAAUAUGCUGUAUUUUGACGUUCUUAAAAUGACAUUUGAUCACAGAAAUUGACCAUAUUUGAAAAAGAGGCUACUUAAAUGUAAAAUAUGCUGUAUUUUGACGUUCUUAAAAUGACAUUUGAUCACAGGAAGUGACCAUAUUUGGAAAAGAGACUACUUUAAUGUAAAAUAUGCUGUAUUUUGACGUUCUUAAAAUGACAUUUGAUCACAGAAAUUGACCAUAUUUGAAAAAGAGGCUACUUAAAUGUAAAAUAUGCUGUAUUUUGACGUUCUUAAAAUGACAUUUGAUCACAGGAAGUGACCAUAUUUGGAAAAGAGACUACUUUAAUGUAAAAUAUGCUGUAUUUUGACGUUCUUAAAAUGACAUUUGAUCACAGAAAUUGACCAUAUUUGAAAAAGAGGCUACUUAAAUGUAAAAUAUGCUGUAUUUUGACGUUCUUAAAAUGACAUUUGAUCACAGGAAGUGACCAUAUUUGGAAAAGAGGCUACUUUAAUGAAAAUAAGCUGUAUUUUGACGUUCUUAAAAUGACAUUUGAUCACAGGAAGUGACCAUAUUUGGAAAAGAGGCUACCUUAAUGUAAAAUAUGCUGUAUUUUGACGUUCUUAAAAUGACAUUUGAUCACAGGAAGUGACCAUAUUUGGAAAAGAGGCUACUUAAAUGUAAAAUAUGCUGUAUUUUAACGUUCUUAAAAAGACAUUUGUUCACAAGAAGUGACCAUAUUUGGAAAAGAGGCUACUUAAAUGUAAAAUAUGCUGUAUUUUGACGUUCUUAAAAUGACAUUUGAUCACAGAAAUUGACCAUAUUUGAAAAAGAGGCUACUUAAAUGUAAAAUAUGCUGUAUUUUGACGUUCUUAAAAUGACAUUUGAUCACAGGAAGUGACCAUAUUUGGAAAAGAGACUACUUUAAUGUAAAAUAUGCUGUAUUUUGACGUUCUUAAAAAGACAUUUGAUCACAGGAAGUGACCAUAUUUGGAAAAGAGGCUACUUAAAUGUAAAAUAUGCUGUAUUUUGACGUUCUUAAAAUGACAUUUGAUCACAGGAAGUGACCAUAUUUGGAAAAGAGGCUACCUUAAUGUAAAAUAUGCUGUAUUUUGACGUUCUUAAAAUGACAUUUGAUCACAGGAAGUGACCAUAUUUGGAAAAGAGGCUACUUAAAUGUAAAAUAUGCUGUAUUUUAACGUUCUUAAAAAGACAUUUGUUCACAAGAAGUGACCAUAUUUGGAAAAGAGGCUACUUAAAUGUAAAAUAUGCUGUAUUUUGACGUUCUUAAAAUGACAUUUGAUCACAGAAAUUGACCAUAUUUGAAAAAGAGGCUACUUAAAUGUAAAAUAUGCUGUAUUUUGACGUUCUUAAAAUGACAUUUGAUCACAGGAAGUGACCAUAUUUGGAAAAGAGACUACUUUAAUGUAAAAUAUGCUGUAUUUUGACGUUCUUAAAAUGACAUUUGAUCACAGAAAUUGACCAUAUUUGAAAAAGAGGCUACUUAAAUGUAAAAUAUGCUGUAUUUUGACGUUCUUAAAAUGACAUUUGAUCACAGGAAGUGACCAUAUUUGGAAAAGAGGCUACUUAAAUGUAAAAUAUGCUGUAUUUUGACGUUCUUAAAAAGACAUUUGAUCACAGAAAGUGACCAUAUUUGGAAAAGAGGCUGCCUAAAUGUAAAAUAUGCUGUAUUUUGACGUUCUUAAAAUGACAUUUGAUCACAGGAAGUGACCAUAUUUGGAAAAGAGACUACUUUAAUGUAAAAUAUGCUGUAUUUUGACGUUCUUAAAAUGACAUUUGAUCACAGAAAUUGACCAUAUUUGAAAAAGAGGCUACUUAAAUGUAAAAUAUGCUGUAUUUUGACGUUCUUAAAAUGACAUUUGAUCACAGGAAGUGACCAUAUUUGGAAAAGAGACUACUUUAAUGUAAAAUAUGCUGUAUUUUGACGUUCUUAAAAUGACAUUUGAUCACAGAAAUUGACCAUAUUUGAAAAAGAGGCUACUUAAAUGUAAAAUAUGCUGUAUUUUGACGUUCUUAAAAUGACAUUUGAUCACAGGAAGUGACCAUAUUUGGAAAAGAGGCUACUUAAAUGUAAAAUAUGCUGUAUUUUGACGUUCUUAAAAAGACAUUUGAUCACAGAAAGUGACCAUAUUUGGAAAAGAGGCUGCCUAAAUGUAAAAUAUGCUGUAUUUUGACGUUCUUAAUAAGACAUUUGAUCACAUUAUUAAAGUUUAACAGUGGAUGUUUUAUGAUAAGCACUAUUAGGAGUUUGUUGUUAGCCAUCUUAGCCAGGAAAGCUAAUAUUAGCCAUUAACUGCUAAGUGUUACAAAUAAUAUGGUCACACCAAGCUAAUGUUUAGCCAAAAAAAGUUGAAAACAAUAAUUGUAAAUGUUUUUUUCUCGGCAGAUGCAAACGCUAACAAGGACCAGUUAGAGUUUUGACAUUUUUCAUCGCGUCACUGCAUGAAGAAAUGUAACUCUUGAGGACAAAAUGUCUGCCAUGAGCGGUGUAAUCUGUCUUCUUCACCAAAAAAAAAAAAAGCGUGUCCUUUUUGCUCAUUGGAGGCCUCGGAGGAACAAAUCCUCUUACGUAAAAGCGCCCGGCACUCCUCUUCCAUAAAAGGAAUUGCACAAUUAUCCUCCUGCUCCCAUAUUCCAUGUUUGUGGAUUACAUGCAGAGUAUUAGCGGCGUGUUUUAUGUGUUUGUGCUGCUUUUUUGUCCGCUGGGGGGGCGUUACAUAAGUCUAGUCAUCUGGCGGCGGUACGAGGCUGAGGGGGCGGGGGCUCGCCGCCGCACGCAAACCUCAGCGGAGGUGAAAGUUGACUGGCGUUCCCGUCUGACCGUGACGUCAAACGUAAUCUUGGUCAAAACAACAUCUGUGGGUUUUGGCACUUAAAAAGUUUCUGAAAAUGAAUUAAACGCCCUGAUGAUCACAACAUGCUGUCCAAUAUCGUUUAUUCAUUUAUUUGACACUCUGCUCUCAUGAAACGUCUCU